AUGCGGAAGGAUAUGAAAGGUCCCAUCCUUUGUCUCCAUGGACCACCGGGCGUCGGGAAGACCUCCCUAGGGCGCUCCGUGGCCAAGGCGCUGAACAGGAAGUUCCACCGCAUCGCACUAGGAGGCACGGGUGGCACGGGGUGCCUGCGAGACGAGGCGGAGAUCCGAGGCCACCGGCGGACCUACAUUGGCAGCAUGCCGGGUGCCAUCAUGCAGGCCUUAGCCACGCUGCAGGUGAAUAAUCCAGUGAUCUUGUUGGACGAGAUCGACAAGCUCACACGCAACGCGAUGUUCAAUCCUUCGGGUGCCAUGUUGGAAUUGCUGGACCCUGAACAAAACCACACCUUCAAGGACCACUACAUCAACACCCCUUUUGACUUGUCGAAGGUGUUGUUCCUUUGCACCUGCAACCAGUUAGACACCAUCGACCGGCCGCUCUUGGAUCGGAUGGAGGUCAUUGAGCUCUCAGGCUACACCAUGGAGGAGAAGGUACACAUUGCCACCACUCAUUUGUUGCCGAAGCAGAAGCGCAUUCACGGCCUUGAGAAGGGCGCUGAUGACGACCAUCCGCCCGACGCAGCGGCCUCCGGAUCCCGCCCGGUCGAAGCCGAGCCGGCACCGGAGCCGGAGCCGAGGACGGUCCCGACUGGGACGGCACCCCUGCCGGAGCUGGUGAUGACGCAGGAGGCCAUCCGCGAACUGAUCACCAAGUGGACAGUGGAAAGUGGCGUUCGAAACCUAGAGAGGCGCCUUGCGCAGGCGUGGUGUUGGGAUCGUCAAGGGACGGAAAAGUUCCUCGUUUGCCGCUGGGCUGCCCUCCGGCUUGCGCUAUUAAACCCCAGCCACGUCUCGCCACGCUUGGCCACGGUCGCGCCGAGGCUGGUUGUGGCCGUGGAGCAUUUGCCUAGCAUUUUGGGCGCUCAAGUCUUCGAGCCCGACGUUUCGGAGCGCUUAACUGUUGGCGUGGCCAUGGGUUUGGGCGUCUCUGCCACUGGAGGUGCAUUGCUCUUCGUGGAGGCUUCGCGUAGCAAGGGCUCCGGGAAGCUGACAGUGACCGGCCAACUGGGAGAAGUCAUGCAGGAGAGCGUCCGCACCGCCAUGUCGUUGCUGCGGAGUCGAAUCUAUUAUGCAGCCUGGGGUUCUGAACGUCCCCGUGUGGAAUCCCCUUUAGAACCCAUCAGGCUGAGCUCCGACAGCAUCUUGUCCAAGUGGGCGAGGGAUGAGCACAAGGCUCAAGAUCCUUUCGGAGGGGACGACAUCCACGUGCAUUUUCCUGCAGGUGCCAUCCCGAAGGAUGGCCCUUCUGCGGGUGUGGCGACCGUCCUGGCGUUGGCCUCCCUGCUGCUGGCGCGGUGUCGCUGUGGCGCCGUGGAGCCGGUGUUGCAACGGUGUUGCAACGGUGAUCGUCCUGUGCGGAGCGACACCGCGGUGACGGGGGAGAUCACCCUGCGAGGGCAUAUCUUGCCAGUGGGUGGCAUUCGAGACAAGGCGAUGUUUUUUCGCUCCGACGAGCUUUUCAUUUUAGAGAUGGUGAGCGAAUUCUACCGGAGUAGAUUCACCCGGGUUUCAGCUCCAGGUCCUGGCCGCGCACAGAGCCGGAAUCCGGCACGUGCUGGUGCCCUUUGGCAACCAGAGGCACGUGCACUGUCGCGAUAG